AUGUCUGAGACAGGAAUAUUUCCCAUUUUCGAUUCCGGGGCGGGAUAUGGAAUCAUCGUGGGACUAGGCGGCGCCUUUGCCAUCCUCAUGAGUCUCACGACUUUCGCCCUCAAGCGAUAUUUCUCCGAAGUGCAAGACUCUGAGAUGUAUCUGACUGCGAAGCGCUCGAUCAAGGCUGGCCUGAUAGCAUCAUCCGUUGUAUCUUCAUGGACAUUAAGCGCUACGCUUUUGACCUCGACCACGUUUGGGUACUCGUAUGGUAUCGCCUCCACAUUCUGGUAUGGAGCUGGUUGUUCAGUCCCGAUCCUCACGUUCGCCGUUCUCGCCAUCGAGCUCAAGAGAAAGGCACCAAACGCACACACCUUCUUGGAACUAGUCAAGCACCGCUACGGAGCUCCCGGUCACAUCGUUUUGGCUGUCUACUCACUGAUCUACCAAAUCUUUAUUGCGGUGAAUCUUCUGGUCGGCGGAGCUGACGUCUUUCAUCUCGUGACUGGCAUGAACAAGAUUGCGGUGUGCUUUCUGUUCCCCCUAGGAGUCUGCAUCUACACUUUGUUCGGUGGUAUCAAAGCUACCUUUCUCACAGAAUGGGUGCACACCGUCAUCAUCUACAUCAUUAUGCUGGCGUCCAUGUUCGUCAUGUACACAACAUCUGACCAUGUUGGAUCUCCUGGAAGAAUGUGGGAGCUUCUUAAAGAUGCUUCAGAGAUCCGCCCUGUCGACGGCAAUGCGGGGGGAGAGCUCUUGACCAUGAGGAGCUUCUACGGUGGCUUAGUCGGUCUUAUUUUCCUUGGUGGAGGUUUUUCUGCAACUGUCGAUUCUCAGCUGUUUCAAAAGGCUAUUGCUGCUGACCCAAAGUCCACGGUUGCCGGAUAUCUCCUUGGAUCUCUCUGCUGGUUCAGUAUCCCAUUUUGUAUCGCAACUACCUUUGGUCUUGGAGGUGCCGCUUUGGAAUACACAACCUCUUGGCCCACGUAUCCGACACCCUUAUCACCAGCUGAGAUCAACUCGGCUUUGGUCAUGCCAUACACAGCAUACACAAUCAUGGGAAAAGGUGGCGUUGUAGCCGUUCUUCUUAUGGUCUUCCAAGCCAUCACAAGCGCCAUGAGCUCAGGAGCAGAAACCGUCGCCGUUACCAGUUUGGUCACAUAUGACUUUUACCGUUCAUACAUCAAUCCCGAGGCGACUGGAGAGAGGCUCGUGUUUAUCUCUCAUAUUGCAGUUGUCAGCUUCGGCUUGUUGACUGCAUGUGUCGCUGUAGGCCUUACCUACGCAGGCUUCUCUGUCACCUUUAUCGUCACGGCCAUUGGCAUUCUUAUCGAUGGUGCCGUUAUUCCCAGCGCAUGCACGCUGUUCUGGAAGAAACAGAGCAAAUUUGCCAUUGUGCUGGUACCAAUCAUUAGCUCACUGGCUAGUAUUUCGACUUGGAUCGGCGUAGCAUAUCAAAAACACGGAACGGUCACUAUCGCGACGCUGUCUGAUUUCAUACCGACAGUUGCCGGCAACAUGCUAGCAUUGACAGCACCUAUCAUCCUCACACCACUCAUCACAUACCUGAAGCCCGAUAACUACGACUUUGAGAAGUUCAAGGAGCUCCAGCAGGUUGAUGACUCUGGCUUUGACGUCAAGGCCCAGACGGAGGGUGGUACGGUCAAGAGUGCCCAAGAGAGAACAGAGGCCGAGUUAGCGAAUCUCCAAGGCAUCGAAAAGGAGUUAUAUGUUGCACGGAACUACGCUCUCGGCGCUGCCUUGUUCAUUGCUAUUUCUCUGACCAUUCUCUGGCCGAUCCCCAUGUAUGGGACGUCUUACGUCUUUAGCAAGUCAUUCUUCACAGGCUGGAUCGUGGUCACCUUUAUUUGGGCCUUCUUUGGAGCCAUUGUUGUGACUCUUCUGCCCAUUGUAGAGAGCCGAAGGGAGAUUUACCUCUUCAUCCGCGCUGUCAUUACAAGGAGAUCAGUAUCGGGAUGA